UUGUCUCCGCCGGUAGAUGCUCCUUUCUCUGCUCCUCUUCCUGUUCAGGCUCCGCCGACAUCUGUCCUUCAUGUUCAGCUCAGACAGACUCACUGUUCCGGAUUAUGUCAGCCGGCUGCAGAGAGGCAGGAGUGGCUCCGGAGGCGAGACCAAGCCGGUGUCUCCGGGGGUCCACGCGGACGUCCAGGCCGCCCUGGACGCYUCGCUUCCGGCCCUACGCUCCGCCAUCAAGAGGCUGAGGUCCGCCAAAGAGCAGUCCGACUCGGAGGAGACCCGCGGGGCCGUGGCAGAGAUCUAUCAGCUGGUGGAGGAGGCCUGGGUCUUACCCACCGUGGGCCGGCAGGUGGCCGAGGAGAUCUGCACCAGGAUCCGUCUGGACGGAGGCCUGGAGCUGCUUCUUCAGCUGCAGCAGACACCCACCGUGGAGAUCAUGUACGAGGCUGCAAAACUGCUGGAGCAGAUCCUGAUCUCCGACAACAGGGACUACGUUGCCCGUAUGGGUCUGGGAGUCAUCCUGAACCUGACCCGACAGCGGGAAGAUGCCCAGCUGGCUCGCAGCGUCUCCGGCAUCUUGGAGCACAUGUUCAAGCACACAGAAGAGACGGCCGUCCACCUGAUUUCCAACGGCGCCCUGGACACCCUGCUGUUCUGGUGCCGGGGCACGGACCCAACCGUGCUCCGGCACUGCGCCGUGGCUCUGGCUAACUGCGCCAUGUACGGAGGCCACCGCUGCCAGAGAUGGAUGAUCGAGAAGCAGGCGGCCGAGUGGCUUUUCCCCCUGGCCUUUUCCAAAGAGGACGAGCUCAUACGCUUCCAUGCCUGCCUGGCAGUGACGGUGCUGGCCGCCAAUCGAGAGAUCGAGAAAGAGGUGGUGAAGUCGGGAACCUUGGAGCUGGUGGAGCCGUUUAUCGCAUCCCUGGAUCCAGAUGACUUUGCCCGCUGCUUGUUGGACAGUGCCGACUGCAUGCAAGGAAGAACAGCAUCGGACCUGCAGCACCUCCUACCUUUAUUAGACGGCUCACGAGUGGAAGGGAAGUGCAUCGCAGCUUUUUACCUUUGCGUCGAGGCCAGUAUCAAAUCCCGACAGCGCAACACAAAGAUUUUUCAAGAGAUCGGUGCCAUCCAGAGCCUGAAGAGAAUCGUCAUGUACUCCAGCAACAACACAGUCUCCGGCCUCGCCAAACGGGCCCUGCGUAUGAUGGGAGAGGAAGUGCCAAAACGAAUCCUGUCCUGUGUGCCCAACUGGAAGACCUGCGAGGUGCAGACGUGGCUGCAGCAGGUUGGCUUCAGUGCCUUCUGUGACCGUUUCCAGGAGCUUCAGGUGGAUGGAGAUCUUCUUCUGAACGUCACCGAUCAGGAUCUGAGCUCUGAUUUGGGCAUAACUGGUCUCACCUGCAAGAGGUUUUUGAGAGAUUUACGUGUGCUGAAGACCUACGCCGACUACUCCAUGUGUGACCCUCACAACAUGGCCGACUGGUUAGCCGAGGUGGACCCUCGAUUUCGCCAGUACACCUACAGCCUGCUGCAGGCGGGGGUGGACCGCAGCAUCAUUCAGAGCCUGACCGAUCAGCAGCUCCAGCACGACUGCCACAUAGACAACAGAGUCCACCGAGCAAAGAUACUGUCUGCAAUUCGCAAGCCGAUAAAACUUAGCCACACGGACGCUAAACCCCCGGGGCCCGACGUGUUCAUUAGCUACCGUCGGACUACCGGGUCCCAGCUGGCCAGCCUUCUGAAGGUGCACCUACAGGUCAGAGGUUACAACGUCUUCAUAGAUGUGGAAAAGCUGGAGGCCGGAAAAUUUGAGGAAAAAUUGAUUCAGAGUGUUCAGAGGGCCCGCGGCUUCAUCCUGGUACUGUCCGCCAACGCCCUCGACAAGUGCAUGGGCGACACCGCGAUGAAGGACUGGGUGCACAAGGAAAUAGUCACGGCCCUGGCUGGUAAGAAAACCAUAGUUCCUGUCAUAGACAACUUUGUGUGGCCGGACACCAGUUUACUACCAGAGGACAUGAGAACUGUCCUCAACUUCAAUGGCGUUAAAUGGUCCCAUGAAUACCAAGAAGCCACGAUCGAGAAGCUCAUCCGCUUUCUGGAACGAAAAGAAGACAUCGACGGGCCGGACAAAUCUAAAGACCAGAAGAAGAAAUAAAUAAAGAGUCUGAACACAGAUAUAAGACUGCACUCCUGUAAGCCGUCUGGAGCUGUUCCUGCUUGGCCCUACAGCAUGUAAAGCUAAAGAUGCUUAGAUAACUUCCUCACAUAAAUGCCUAAUGAAUAGAUGAGUUAAAACGGGAGUGUCAGGUUGCCAUAUAAAUAACCUGAAAUUAAUAGUUCAGAUCUUUUGAGGUGGGAUUCAGUGGAAAGGCUAUAAACAAAUGACGUCUUACCUGUUGUAGAUAGUUCUUGGCACGAGCUCAGUUAGAAAAGAAAAAAAAACAGUUUAAUUCUGUUUUGGAUUGACGAGCUAAUGGCUAGUCCUAGCUGGGCCAAAAACAAAGCAGACUUCUGCUGCCACCAUUUUACAGACUUUCAACCGCUGUUACCAUAGUUUCACAUAAAAGUUAUUUACAUAAAACAUUAAGGGUAUUAGCAAACAGCAGCAGCUAGCUGUAGCACGUCCAGCAAAAAUAUAUUCCUGCCAAAUUUGCAACGUAAAGCUUACAGAAUGGUGUUCCUUGGUCCCACUCAGACUAGCCACUAGCUUGUCACUACGAUCCAAACUAAACAUUUGAAUUGUUUUUCCAAGUUGAGCUCGUUCAAAGAGCUGCCAACAGCAAAGUGGAUCCCACUCUAAAAUAUUUGAAUUACAGCUUUAAUGUCAGUACCGCUGUAUAAUGUAACCACAUUCAGUAUCUCAGGAAAAUAAUCAACCAGCCGUCAUCAAUAAUAAUCUGUGGAAGCUCCACCGACCCUCCAGUGUCCGUCAGAGUUACUGUUUAAGCUGGUAUCUAUCCUUUAACGUGUCUAUAAUAAAGUGAYGUCGGGCUCCGA